AGCUGGAGGGUGUACUGUGUGCGUUCCCGCAGCAACAGUGAAGAUGGCUGCACUCACAUCUCUCACCCAGCUGUCAAGUGGGAACCAUGUGUACGAGAACUUUUAUAGACAGGUGGACCCAGGAAACACAGGGAGAGUAGGACCCACGGAAGCUGCAUUGUUCCUGAAGAAAUCGGGCCUUCCUGAUGUCACUUUGGGAAAGAUCUGGGAUUUGGCAGACCCAGAAGGGAAAGGGUUCUUGGACAAACAGGGGUUCUAUGUAGCUCUGCGGUUGGUGGCCUGUGCACAGAGCGGACAAGACGUCAGCCUCUCAAGUUUGAACCUCACUAUCCCUCCCCCAAAAUUUAAGGAUACUAGCAGCCCAUCUCUCAGCACAUCAUCGGUCUCUAGUGAACCCCACUGGGCUGUGAGGCCUGAAGAAAAGGGUAAAUUCGAUGGCAUAUUUGAAAGCCUUGCACCAGUCAGUGGACUCCUCUCUGGUGACAAAGUAAAACCAGUUCUAAUCAACUCAAAACUACCUCUGGACGUGUUAGGAAAGGUUUGGGAUCUCAGUGACAUUGAUAAAGAUGGACAUCUGGAUCGAGAUGAAUUUGCAGUGGCCAUGCACCUGGUCUAUCGGGCCCUGGAGAAGGAACCGGUCCCCUCUGUUCUCCCCUCCUCUCUCAUCCCUCCAAACAAGAGAAAGAAGUCAUUGGUGGGCUCCCUUCCUGGCAUGGUGCCUGUGUUGCCCGCCAGUCCCCCGCCCCCCAAGGACAGCCUGCGCUCCACCCCUUCCCACGGUAGCAUGAACUCCCUCAACAGCGCUGGCAGCCUCUCCCCCAAACAUUCACUAAAAUCUGCACAGCACUCAGUGAACUGGGUAGUCCCGGUGACAGACAAAGGGCGCUAUGAUGACAUCUUCCUGAAGACAGACUUGGAUCUAGAUGGCUUUGUCAGCGGCAUGGAAGUCAAGGACAUCUUCAUGCACUCAGGGCUGCCGCAGAACCUACUGGCACAUAUAUGGGCCCUGGCAGACACCAGGCAGAUGGGGAAGCUGACGCGGGAGCAGUUUGCUCUGGCCAUGCACUUCAUCCAGCAGAAAGUCAGCAAAGGCAUGGACCCUCCUCAGGCCCUGACCCCUGACAUGAUCCCUCCUUCAGAGAGGGGCACUCCUGUGCCAGUGUGUACCACUCCCUCCCAUAGUAUGUCUGGUUAUAUGACUCCUGUGGGCUCUGAGAUGGCUGCUCUGUCUGAGAUGAGGCGGCAAAUAAUGUUCAAGUUCUGGGACAGCUCCAGUUCUGUGGGGUCAGGGUCAGAGUUCACUGGAAUCAAGGAGCUGGACGACAUCAGUCAAGAGAUCGCUCAGCUGCAGAGGGAGAAGUAUACGCUGGAGCAGGACAUCAGAGAGACAGAGGAGGCCAUCAGAAACAAGUCCUCGGAGGUGCAGGAGAUGCAGAAUGACCUGGACAGAGAGACGUGCAGCUUACAGGAGCUGGAGGCCCAGAAUCAGGAUGCUCAGGAGCGGCUGGAGGAGAUGGACCAGCAGAAGGCCAAGCUGGAGGACAUGCUCAACGACGUCCGGAUCAAGUGCAAUGAGGAGUCCCAAAUGAUUUCGUCCCUGCAGAACCAGAUCCACUCCCAAGAGACUGACCUGCAGAGCCAAGAAGAGGAGCUGAGUCGAGCCAAGGCAGACCUGAACCAGCUGCAGCUGGAGGAGAGCCAGCUGGAACAGAGCCUAACGGCCGGCAAGUUCCAGCUAGAGACCAUCAUCAAGUCCCUCAAAGCCACCCAGGACGAGAUCAACCAGGCUCGCAGUAAGCUGUCUCAGAUCCAGGACAGCCAGCAGGAGAUGACUAAGAGCAUCGAGCAGUACAACAACACACUGAACGGGACCCACGGAGGCAGCAUGACCAACCUGGCUGACAUGAGCGAGGGAUUCCACGACCGCGAGAACGGAGGGUUCGGAGCCAUGGAGGACCCGUUUAAGGUGAAGACAUCUGGGUUCAAUAGCGUCCCUCAGGAGAUGCACACAGACCCCUUCCACUCCGAAGACCCCUUCAAGACAGACCCGUUCAAAGGUGACCCCUUCCAAAGCGACCCUUUUGCAAAGCAGCCAUCACUACCAGCGGCCGCAGAUCUCUCUCUCCACCCAGACCCCUUUGGGGGGGACCCCUUCAAAGAGACGGACCCCUUCAAGGCCUCGUCGGAAGACUUCUUCAAGAAGACCACCAUCAAGGCAGACCCCUUCAGCACACCCGACCCCUUCAGUAAAAGUGCCACGCUCCCCACCAAGACUAGUCACUUUACAACCAACACAGACCCUUUCAUAUCCAUUAGCCCAAAACCCACCAGAGGCCCAGGACCAGGUACUUGCUCAGGCCCAGGACCAGGUACUUGCUCAGGCCCAGGACCAGAUCUCUUUGGCACGCUGGACCCCUUUGGAAGCAGUACUGCCUUUGGAGGCAGUAACAGCUCAUUUGGCAGUAACAGUGGGUUUGCAGACUUCAGCCAAAUGUCAAAGGUCAGAGACCCGAUGGAAGGAAGAGGAGGCUUUCCAGAAUACCAGCAGUCGGGGUUCGUGGACGACCCCUUCAGUAGAAAGCAGGACGGCCCAGCUCUGCCGCCCAAGAAGAGCAUUCCACCCAGACCCAAACCACCCAGUGUGAAACACACAGAAGAACGUUGUAAAAGCACCCCCGUCAACAUGCCUGGAGGAGCAGGCGACUCGGCCAAGCCCUGCGACCCCUUCCAGCCGUUCGGCAGUGACGCCAUCGACCCCUUUCAGAGUAAAAAGGGGGUUGGAGACCCCUUUAGUGGCAAAGAACCUUUUGCUCCAUCUUCCUCAAGUAAAGCCUCUAAAGACUCUUCCUUGGGUUUUGCAGACUUCAGUUCUGACCAGAAAAAGUUAAGUUUGGAAAUGAGGCCCAGCAACUGGAGUGGGCGAAGCGAGAGAGUGAGCGAGCGGAGCGGGAGCGGCUGAAGAGACUCCGGCAGCAGGAGCAGGAGGACUUAGAGCUGGCCAUCGCUCUCAGCAAGGCUGAGAUGUCCCACGGGUGACCUGGACUUGACUGGACACACACACACAUACAUAGAGAUAUGCACAAAUAGACAAACACACACAUAGACAAACUCUUACUAGCAUUACUAGUACAUAAACACACUCACUCACACACACACACACACACACACACACACACAUAAGUAUACAACUCACACACAAUAACCCACACACUGUGAAGGACCUGGAGCAGGCCAUUUCCCUCAGGGCCGAUGUGCCCAACACAUGACCGCUUCCUCAACCACGCACACACAAACACACACACACCACCGCUACAACACACAUACACACUCCACCUGAUACGCACACACAGAUACACACACCUCACCACACAUUCCCCAGACCGACAAACUCAAAGCAAAACAAUAACAAAACAGAACUUUUGGGGUCAGCCUGGACCCUAUGUGGAAACAGAACUGGAUUUGACUUUACAGUGGGAGGUUGGAGUGGGGGGUGGAAGACAGCAAUCACAAUCUCUCUUACUGUUUUUAAUUGAUAGGUGGGGAGGGGAACGGAUGAUGACCCGUGGUUUGUGAAUAAAAUGAUGCACUGUUUAAAUGCACUACAGAGGCUGGCUUAACAUGUAAAGAUGUAAAGAUGAACAUAAUAUGUGUCUGUCUGGUGAGGGAGCAUGGAUCCCCUCACUGGACCGACUAGAGCUCUGACAGAUGUGAAGAAGGGAAUAGCUAAAGGUGAUGCUGGGUUAACAGGUAGCUUAGUGGUUAAGAGCGUAGUGCCAGUAACCGAAAGGUUGCUGGUUCUAAUCCCCAAGCCG